CACAAGCUUCCAGUCUUUGAAACAUUACAAAACUCUUUCUCUCUCUCUCUAUCUCUUCAUAGUGUCGACAUGGCUUGCCAAGACAACCUCGUUGUGAAGCAAAUCAUGGACUUAUACAAUCAGAUCUCAAACCUCGAGAGCUUAAAACCAUCCAAGAAUGUCGACACUUUGUUCGGACAACUCGUGUCCACGUGCUUACCAACGGACACAAACAUCGAUGUCAAAAAGAUACACGACGAAAAAGUCAAAGACAUGAGAUCUCAUCUCAUUAAGCUUUGUGGUGAAGCCGAAGGAUACCUAGAGCAACACUUCUCCAAAAUCAUAGGCUCUUUUGAAGACAACCCUCUUAACCAUUUACACAUCUUUCCUUAUUACAACAACUACCUCAAACUAAGCAAACUCGAAUUCGAUCUCCUAGCUCAACACACAAGCCAUGUCCCUUCCAAAAUCGCUUUCAUCGGUUCGGGUCCGAUGCCACUUACUUCCAUUGUCUUGGCCAAAUUUCACCUUCCAAACACAACGAUCCACAACUUUGACAUCGACUCACAGGCUAACACGCUCGCUUCUAACAUCGUCUCUCGCGAUCCCGACCUCUCAAAACGCAUGGUUUUCCACACAACUGAUGUGUUAAACGCUACGGAAGGCUUAGACCAAUACGAUGUCGUUUUUUUGGCGGCUCUUGUUGGGAUGGAUAAAGAGUCAAAGGUCAAAGCUAUUGAGCAUUUGGAGAAGCAUAUGGCUCCAGGAGCUGUGUUGAUGCUAAGGAGUGCUCAUGGUCUUAGAGCUUUCUUGUAUCCAAUCGUUGACUCUUGUGAUCUUAAAGGGUUUGAGGUGUUGACCAUUUAUCAUCCGUCUGAUGAUGUGGUUAACUCGGUGGUGAUCGCACGUAAGCUCGGUGGCUCGAGUGAGGCACGUAGUAGCCAGAUUGGACGGUGUGUGGUCAUGCCUUGUAAUUGCUCGAAGGUCCACGCCAUUAUGAACAAUCGUGGUAUGAAGAAGGGUUUAAUCGAGGAGUUUAGUGCCAUUGAGUAAACAGGUAAGUGCAAGAAACACAUCUCUUUUCUUGAGAGUGUGUUUAUGUUUUGCUCUUUUAAACUUUUUGCCUGUGUUGUGAUGCGUGUGGUAUGUUUGUUAAGUAUUAUAUAAGUUUGUGAAAUUUUGUGAGUUCUUCGAUCUUCAUCUGUGUGAAGACAUGUUGUAUGUUUUUUGUUUUUUUUACUAAGAUCAAUAAAUAUAAACUUGAG